AUGGCUCCAAUCGCAUCAACCUCCGCGGUGCCAUGCCUACUUGCACCCUCCGGUGGCAGCUCUAGCACUCUCACGCCUCUUGCCCGAGAGGAAUUCGACAUCAUCUCCUGCUACCAUUCCCUCCUCUCCUCCGAUUCUGAACUUCCAUUUCCCAUUGCAGCCAUCUUCGCCCUAUCCGAACUAGUCUCCAGGUCUAAAGCAGCAACCACUUCCGAGCUUAUGGAGAACAUUCGUUCAGCAUCACAACGUCUUAAAUCCUCUCUCGAAAAUCCUGUCCCCGCUACCGCUGGUCUCGAUUUGUUUACUCGAUUCGUCGUAACCAAAAGUUGGGAUACAGGGGACGACUUUGAAGCGCACAAAGCAUCCCUUGCUUCUCUGGCGCACCAAUUUGCUACUCAUACCGUUCCCUCUUGUCGAGAAAAGAUCUGCGAGUUAGUCCUGCCGUUUAUCAAAGAUGACUCUGUCCUCCUGACUCACUCCUAUUCGAGGGUAGUGAUGCAAGCGCUUAAGUUCGCCGCACUCAACCAACGCAAACGAAUCUCAGUCUAUGUCACAGAAUCUCGUCCACACGGUCUCGGUCUCAAAACAUACCGCCAACUCAUCGGAUACGGAAUCCCCUGCACCCUCAUCCUAGACUCAGCAGUAGCAUACACCAUGCCGAAAGUAGACCUAGUCCUAACCGGAGCAGAAGGUGUAGUCGAAUCAGGAGGCUUCUUAAACGCCGUUGGAACUUACGGUAUGGCUAUCAUUGCUAAAGCGUGUAACAAACCUUUCUUUGCCUUGGCAGAAAGCUUUAAGUUUUUACGCAUGUUUCCUCUGAAUCAGUACGAUCUUCCACCCAACAAGGGCCGAAAUCUACUUGCGUUUCCAGAUUUAGAUUCACAACAAGCUACAGUGAAGGAAGCUGAGGUGGAGCAAACGCCAAAGUUGGCUUCGAGUGAAGAAAAGGUGAUGAGUAGGCAACAAGAGUUGCUUAAUCCCGCUAUCGAUUAUACAACACCGGAUUUGGUGACGUUUCUGUUCAGUGAUGUUGGUGUGCUGACGCCAUCCGGUGUUGGAGAUGCGCUCUUGGCUGUUUAUGGUGGUGCCGACUGA